AAUCUGUCUUUUAGGCAGGCUCAUCAUCACUCACCAUGAGCUGUGCUGCUAAUGCUUCACACUCCCCAGUCUUCUUGCUCCUUGGUUUCUCCAGAGCUAGUGUCUCCCACACUCUUCUCUUCUUCCUAUUCCUGGCUAUUUAUCUCACCACCAUAUUGGGGAACGUGACUCUGGUGCUGCUCAUCUCCCGGGACUCCAGGCUCCACUCACCUAUGUAUUACCUGCUCCGUGGCCUCUCUGUGAUAGACAUGGGGUUAUCCACAGUCACCCUGCCCCAGUUGCUGGCCCAUCUAGUCUCCGAUUACCCAGCCAUUCCUGCUGCCCGUUGCUUGGCUCAGUUCUUUUUUUUCUAUGCAUUUGGGGUCACAGACACACUUGUCAUUGCUGUCAUGGCUCUGGAUCGCUAUGUGGCCAUCUGUGACCCUCUCCACUAUGCUUUGGUGAUGAAUCGCCAACUUUGUGCCUGCUUACUAGCCUUGAGCUGGGUGGUGUCCAUAGUGCACACCAUCCUGCACGUGGGACUACUCCUGCCGCUUUUAUGGGCUGGGGAUACUAGGGGCAACGUUGACCUGCCUCACUUCUUUUGUGACCAUAGACCACUUCUGAGAGCCUCUUGUUCUGAUACGCAUUCUAAUGAGCUGGCCAUAUUCUUAGAGGGUGGCUUCCUCAUGCUGGGCCCCUGUAUCCUCAUUAUACUUUCCUAUGUCAGAAUUGGGGCCACCAUUCUACGUUUGCCUUCAGCUGCUGGUCGCCGCCGAGCAGUCUCCACCUGUGGAUCCCACCUGACCAUGGUUGGCUUUCUCUAUGGCACCAUCAUUUGGGUCUACUUCCAGCCUCCCUCCCAGAACUCUCAGCAUCAGGACAUGGUGGCUUCAGUAAUGUAUACUGCUGUUACACCUUUGGCCAACCCUUUUGUGUACAGUCUCCGGAAUAAGGAUGUCAAGGGUGCACUUUGCAGGCUGCUUGGAUGGGGGAGGGUGGACUCUUGA